AGUGUCCGCACGUCAUUUGUGGUGUGAAUACGCAUGUUGGUUGUUGCGACAUACAGUCCUCUGGUUAAUCGCACACGCACAAAGGUGGCUCUUAAAAAGUCAAAGUUAUCGCGAGAGGAAUUAUUAGAAAAAAAAGACAAGCAGGUAUCAGUGUAGAAAAAAUGAUUCUCUAAAGAGAGAAGAAAUUAAAGAAAAGGAGAGAUUAAAAUAUCAGAAAAAUAAAGAAAAAGGUUUGAGAAAAUUAGUGAAAGACAUGACACAACGUGAACACAGGGCUGCCUUAAAGACAUGGAAAGAACACUGCACUGUAUACCGAUCUAAACGAAAGAGAUUGAACAGCGUUACUAAUACAUUUAUGCGUGAAAAUACACCAUUAUCAGAUCCUGAAGUAGAUACUCCCGCUUCAAGACAGCUUACUCCAGUUCCAAAUCAGCUUUCUGUAGCUCUAAGUCCAGCAAUACCCAAUAUUAGUUCACUGCAAAGGAAAAGGCAAGCCAAAAGGAAAAGACAAAAAUAUAAUAAAGAAAGAAAUGAAAAGAUCGCGUGUUUACAGAAAGAACUUGAGAAAUACAAAAAAGAUUGGGAAGACUUGAAAAUAGGAAAAAAAGAAAUGUUAAGGACACACCUAAUACGAAGAUAUUAAAAAUGUUAGAUAAGCCUGAUACGAGAAAGGAAGUUGUCAAAAAAGCUAUAUUUUGCGAUGUGCUUAGUGAAAAGUUAUAACUAUUCAGCAUUAAAACGUACGAAAGAUAAACAAAUAUUUCAAAGAGUCGUAUCUGGUAGUCUAGUUCAAAAGUAUAGGCAUUGGAUACCUAAAGAAAAUGCGAAAUUUUAUAUAAAAAACAAAAAAAAAAAAAUCCCAAUGGCUUGGAUGUACCUGUAAGUCACCGGAUUAAAAUACCUAAUAGUUACAACGAGCAAUUCAGAAUUUCUUUGAAGAUGAUAAUAACAGUCGUAUGGCAGGUGGUAAAAAGGAAUUUAUUACUAGGAAGAAUGUGAAAAAACAAAAAAGAUACCUUCUUGAUACAGUUCUUAAUCUAUAUAAAAAAUUUGUGGCUGAGAAUUUGAAAAUAGGUUAUCAGACAUUCUGCCGACUGCGCCCGUUCUGGGUAGUCAAAGCAAACGCUCAAAAUCGCGACACAUGUUUAUGUAUAACGCACAGCAACUUAGACCUGAAACUUUGCGCUUUAUAUGAAUCCAAAAUUAUAUCCUACAACAAUUACCAGAAGCUGCUUGAAGACUUGUGUUGCAAUCGGUACAACGAAGACUAUUUUUAUCUAGAAUCUGUUCUACUUGCAGUAAUAAAAAUCCCAAAUAUAAAGAGAUUGACAACAGCAAAGUAAUUAAAUAUAAGAUGUGGAUUUCUGAGAGGCAAAAAAUCCAAGAUUUCAAGACUAAAAACUUUCGAAUAAUAACAAAAUAUCUGAAGAAAACAUUUGACAUACAUCCAAGACAGCUAAUAACACAUUUGCAGGAAGAUUUAAUAAAAUUUUUUGACCAUCAAAGAAAUAUUGUACACCAAUAUAACGAUUUAAAGUUAAAUCUACAAGACCGAGAUAUCCUGCUUCACAUGGAUUUUAGUGAAAACUAUUGCACGAAGUACGCGGAGGAAAUACAGGCUUUGCAUUUCGGUGGAUCUCGAGUUCAACUGAGUCUGCACACCGUCGUAGUUUACCAACGGGAUUCAAUCCGAUCUUUUUGCACAGUCUCCGAGAACAUAGCCCAUUCACGUGCUGCCAUUUGGGCACAUCUCCAACCAAUUUUCAAGACUUCCAAGUGGCAUCAAAUGGGUACAUUUCUUGAGCGAUGGCCCUGUUACGCAGUACCGUAAUAAAACAAUGUGUUUUAUCAUGGCUACUAAACUGGCUGAAGAAAUUCCAGAGGUUGAAAAUUUUAUGUCGAACUACACAAAGUGCACACGGUAAAGGCGCACCCGACGGCGUUGGGGCAACGUGCAAAAGAACAGCUGAUUUUGUUGUUAAUUCUGGGGGUGAUAUCAACAAUAUCGACCAGUUUGUCAAAUCAAUCCAAGAGCGAUGCCUUGGCAUCACAUGUAUCCCAAUUGACGGUAAUGACAUCCAGGCAAUGAUCGAUAAAGUUGAUAAGGAAGCAUCCGGUCAGAAGUCAUUCAAAGGCACCCUAAAUGUGCAUCAGCUCGCAGGUAUUUAUUCUAGCUUCAUCCUCGGCCUGCCAAAAAAAAUGUAAAACCCUAACAAUGAAAAGUCUCAGUUGCUUUUGCAACAGUGGAUCUUGUGAGCAUAAUAAGACAGGUAGUAUCAACUUUGACCUAAAAUCUAGAUUGACAGAAGAAGAAGUGUUUACAGAUUCUAUAUCGGAACAAAACUUAGAAUCAGUUGAAACAUCAACACCAAACAAGCUUCCUAAAACGUUCGAUGAUGAAAUAGCCGGAACCAGUGGUACUCAAAAUUCAUGUUACAAUACUGGAGACUACGUUCUUGUGAAAUUAUCAGCUAAAAAUGUGGAAUAUCGUUAUGCCGCUGUAGUUAAUGAAAUUGAUGAAGAUGAAAAUGACUUACAGGUAACUUUUCUAAAGAUUUGUGACAAGAAGAUGCAGACCUUUAAAAUAAAUGAUAGGGACAUUUCAGACGUGUCGUUUGAUCAAGUUAUCCAAAAGUUGGAUAAUCCUAACUUCAUUCUAAAAGGAAAGAGAAUAUUUUAUAAGUUCUCUACUCAAGUAGAUGUUUUCGAGCGCUAAUGUCAAUUUUUCUAAUGUUAAACUAAGCUUAUUUUGAUUAUGUAUUUGCCUCAUUAGUUUUAAGAAAAAGUCUUAAGACUUUAUUGCAGAUCUUAUUUCAAAUUACUUUCAUUAUAAUUGUUUAUACGAGUAUACUAUUAUUGUUGAGAGAAAAGACUAUUGUAUUAUAAUUUUAUUAAUGGUACUUUAGAAAAGACUGCGUACAGAAUUUAAUAAUUGAUGUUUGUAAUUCAUCGAAGUAGAUCUCAAAUACAAAAUGUUUCUAGAACCAUAGUUUUGACAUGAAAGUUUUGAUUUUGUUGGAGGAAUUUUGUUUGCUAUGAUUUUGCUUAAGUUUUUUCUUAAGAACCUUUUGAAAUAUAAUUGUUUUAUGUUGAUACGUAAAUGUGGUAUAAAAUAAUAAAUGAUUGAUACUAAUAAUAUGACUUACUUCUAUAUAAAACAGUCCUCUGUCUCAUCGAACAGUCUCAUAUCAUGUACAAAACAGUCCCCUGUGCCACCUAACAAUCCCCUGUCACGAUUUAUG